UAUUCAGUUAUAACUAUACCAGGAAGGGGAAUAUACCAGGAAGCUGUGAUAUUCCCGGACAGAAUAAACUGUGAUCCAUCGUUAUGAACGUUUUGAAUAUCAGGCCUAUGUCAAUGUUUCUCAUGUAAGUCAUAUGACCGUAUCUUCUCUAACAAGCAGCCCCAACCGUAUUGCGCAUCCGUGUGACGAUGGCCACGGACUACCGCAUGAACAGUUGUUGAAUGAGGCCAACUUGAAUGUGUCCAGCGUUGUCGGCUAGACGCGGUCCUGCUAUCUCGCAAGAGCAUGACUGCGUUCUCGGGUUUCGUUAAAAGAUCAUUUCUCGGGACGUUGAUAAUAGGCCUUGUUUUCACUGGAGGUAUACUAUUCACAGGAAAGCUGGACCAGUUGCUGUCUUUACGAAACAUUACUGCACAGACAGUUAAUACGACACAGUACUAUUUGACAACAACACAGACCCCAGUGAAUAAGAAGUCACUUCCGGAAUGUCAAGAGACGCCCCCAGGUAUAAAUGAACCUGUGAAGCUGAAUCUCACCAACAUCACGCUAGAUGAGUUGCAGAGAAAAUACCCCUCCCAUUCCGGGGAAAGAUACAGGCCCGAGGGGUGUCGGUCCAGGGUGAGGUUGGCUGUCGUUAUACCAUACAGAGACCGGGAGCAACAUCUGGUGAUCCUCCUCAACAACAUCAUCCCCUUCCUCAACAAACAACAGGCAGACUUUACGAUCUACGUUGCAGAACAGAUGCAUGGAGGAAUAUUCAAUCGUGGUCUAAUGAUCAACGCAGGAGUGGCUGCAGCGCUGAAGGCGGAUAACUUCACCUGCAUUGUUAUCCACGAUGUAGACCUUAUUCCAGAGACUAGCGACAACUACUACCGCUGCCAGGAAAACCCACUCCAUCUGUCCACUGCCAGUGCUAAAUACGGAUAUAAGCUUCCAUACGCUUCGUAUGCCGGGGGUAAUAUUGCUAUCUCCCCAAGCCAGUUCAAGAGGAUCAAUGGCUUUUCUAACUGGUACUUUGGAUGGGGUGGAGAGGAUGACGAUUUUGAAAUUAGAGUCAAAACAGUUGGCAUGAGACUCAAAAGAAAUCCAAAAAGACAAGGGCGAUAUUACGCAAUAAAACAUGAAAGGGAUAAAUUGAAUCCUGAAAACCCAAAAAAAUCUUUGUUAUUCAAGUCAAUUCGUAGUCGCAUGAAAACCGAAGGGCUUUCGUCUCUACACUGUAACACUACAGUAUCUCAUCAUGGGAUUGUCACGUGGCUAAACAUAGCAAUUGACAAGCAAUAUUACGAUUCAACUAUCAAAUAUUAAUACAUGUACUGAUAUUCAUGAAUAUUUUCAGGUCUGUUUUAUACAGAUCUUCGAUAAGACGCAUGAGAACGGAUGGUAUCUCUUCCCUACACUGUAAUACUACGGUCUCUCAGCGAGGAGCGAUCGCGUGGCUAAGAGUGUUAAUCGACAAGAAAUACUAUGACAAAACUGUAAAAUAUUGACCAAGAAUCAUGCCUGUUGAAUAAACUUAUUUGUUAGAAAAA